AUGAAACCCGUUGCUCCAGAUAACAUUGCCUCAGCUUCGGGUUCCACACCGACUUCACAAAAAGGCUGCGACACAGGUUCACGGACUACCAACGAUAUUGAAGAAGGGUAUCAUGUGUAUCAUCACGGCGGAUUUCAUCCCGUUUACAUAGGAGACGUUUAUAACGACAGUUAUGAGGUCUUGAACAAGAUUGGAUACGGCGCCUAUUCUACAGUCUGGCUUGUUCGAAAUCUACGGAAGGAUAAAGACGACGCUCAUGGAUUCCUUGCGCUGAAAGUCCUCAGCGCUGAAUCUUAUGGCGCAGAAAAAGACAUCUUUGAAAGAGAGAUCUUGAUUCGUCUCAGAAGCGGAGAUUCAACUUAUCUUGGGUAUAAACACGUGUGUCACCUAGUCGAUGACUUUGAGCACAAAGGUCCCAACGGCAAUCAUAUAUGUCUCGUUUUCGAAGUUUUUGGCGAGACUCUUCGCAGCUUUGGAGCAUGGUUUCCUGAGAGCAUGAUUCCGAACCAGGUGAUGCGCCGCUUCACCAUUCAACUACUACUAGCACUGGACUACGCUCACCACUAUAAAGUGAUCCAUACUGGUAUUUCCUUCUACUUUCUUCUGUAUUGUACACUCCUCGAGGUCCAUGACUCUAAUUCUCGAUUACUUUCAGACAUCCAACCAAGCAAUAUCUUCGUCAAACUGAGGGACCCAACGCUCAUCACAACAGGCUAUCUGGCUAGUGUCCCUAUCCCUCAGCAGGACAGGGCUGAGGAGAGAUACACACCCAUUCCAUCUCGCCCCCUUCGCCGGCACUACUUCAGAGACGGUGAUAGAGUGGACCUCUUCGACAUCGCCCUAGGGGACUGGGGCGUCUCGAGCUGGGUUGAUCGGCACUUGACGGAGACGAUCCAGCCUGUUGCUCUGCGCGCCCCUGAGGUUUUGAUUAAGGCCCCAUGGGAUACGGCUGCUGAUAUGUGGAACCUCGGCGCCGUGGUAUUGGAACUAUUCCGAGCCGUUCGCAUCUUCAGUGGAGCUGGUCCUCCACGUGGGGAGUAUCAGCUCAAAGUACACUUGUCAGAGAUUGUGCAUCUCUUUGGCUCGUUUCCUCGGUCAUUACUGGAUCGAGGAAAUCAACAAAUUGUUCGGGAGAUCUUUGAUGGCCAAGGAAAGGUAAAUGAUGGGAUUAUAUCGGCUGAUAGCCCGGUUCUUAUGUCUGAAGAGUUUACUCCUGGAUUAGAGCAAGACGUCCGAGACGAGUUUGUUGCGUUUCUGCAUUUAGUCAUGAAGAUAGAACCUACGGAGCGACCGACGCCUGAAGAUGCACUCCGGGGCCCUUGGCUACGGGCCUUGCAAUAG